AUGACAAUACAUCUACAGAUCAUUUCCUUGACGGUAGUCGCUACAGCUUUCGCUGCCCCCCAAGGCUAUAAUCUAGCAGCGCCCUCCGGAAGAGGAUUUUCCCAUGGCUCUCAAGGUGGAGGAUCCUUUGGUGGCGGAGGCGGAGGAUUCUCUGGAGGAAGUGGCCUCUCAGGCGGUGGAGGUGGAUUUUCGAGUAGUGGAGGAAGUGGAAUCUCCGGCGGUGGAAAUGGAUUCUCAAGUGUCGGAGGUUCUUCAUCUGGACAAGGUUAUGGGGGCGGAGGAUCCGGAGGAGCCUGCAGAGAAGGAGAGAUCCUGCACGUAGAUGGAUCAUGCGUCGUUCCCAUCGUUUCAAGAAAUGUGUUCGUUUAUGAUGCUCCCGAACAGCCUCAAGGGGAAAGCGGACCACCACCAAGUAUUCCGCCGCCGAGGGUUGAUCACAAUAUCCUGUUCGUACGCAUUCCUGAAGCAGGUCCAGGACCCGAACCCAUCAUUGUUCCACCACCAAAACAGGAAAGCAUUGUGUACGUCCUGAACAAGAGCGGAGGUGACGGAGGACAACGCGUGAUCGAGGUGACAGCUGCUCCUCCUUCAAAUCCUGAGGUGUAUUUCGUCAACUACGAAGAGGGAGAAAAUCCAACCCUUCCUAUUGGAGUGGAUCUUCAGACUGCUCUCAGGGCAGCUGCUGAAGCAAGUGGUCAGGUCAUCGGAGGUUCCGAUGGUACCGGAGGAGGAAUCGGUGGUGGUUUUGGAGGCGGAUCCGGUGGUGCUGGAGGAUUCGGAGGCGGUUCCGGUGGUGCUGGAGGAUUUGGAGGCGGUUCCGGUGGCGCUGGAGGAUUCGGAGGCGGUUCCGGUGGCGCUGGAGGAUUUAGUGGGAGCGGAAGUGGUGCAGGUGGUUUUGGUGGUAGUGGUGCUGGUCUUGGUGGAAUUGGCGCUGGCGGUUUUGGUGGUAGUACAGGUAGCGGAAGGGGUUCAGGCCGUGGUCUGUAUGGUCCUCCAUCUUAA